GGGCGGGAGCUGCUUGGAGGGCUGCGGGACUCGGCAGCAAGCGAGCAGCAGGAGCAGCAGCAGCAGCUGGAACCGCAAGAGGAGCGCCCUGGGAGCUCGCCGCAUGACCCCGCGCCGGCUGCGCCGUCGGAGGCCGGGAGCGCGGCAGGGCCGAGCGGGGCCGAGCCACCGCGUGGGGCGGAUGCUGCCGGGCAGGAGGGCAGCAGCGACGGCCGAGAGUCCCCCGGCAGCCCCGUCGCGCCCGCGUCCCCCAUGGCGACUCCGGGGGCGGGCCACCCGGUAUCGGCGGGCGCCGCGGCGGCCGGCGGCGGCGGCGGCGGCGAGGAGGGCGGGGACGGCGCGGGUGGGCGCGAGGAGGGGGGCGGAGCCGGGGCCGUGACGCCCUCUGAAGCCUCCUCUGCAGCCGGCGCCGCGGACGGCAGCCCGUCCCCGCAGCGGCCGGAGCCCUCGCCGUCGCCCCAGCCCCCUGCGUCCCCAUCAGCCUCCCCGUCGGCGUCCCCGUCGGCGUCCGCCGCGUCGUCGGCGCUGCGGCGCUCGCGGCUGCGCGGCCUCGUCGCCGCGCGGCGGCGGCGGCUGGAGGCGUUUGGGGUGUACGACCCCCUCCUCUACAGCGGCGACAGUGCGUCGUGGCGGCGGGGCAGCGCCAGUAGCUCCGCAGGCGGCGGCGGCGGCGGCUCCCAGGGCGGCCAGGGGCCGCUGGGCGGCGCCGCCAGCGGUCGCGGCGGCCGAAGGGGUGCGGGCGGAGAUGAGGGUGGGGUUUUGAGCGAGGGGGACGGCAGCAGCUCCAGCUCGGGCACGAGCGGCUCCGACCUAUAUGCGUCCACUGCGGCCAUCUGA